AUGCACAGCGCCCUAUGCUCGGCGCCCUAUGCACUGCGCCCCAUGCUCUGCGCCCCAUGCUUUGCGCCCAAUGCUCCGCGCCCUAUGCUCUGCGCCCCAUGCUCUGCGCCCCAUGCUCUGCGCCCCAUGCUCUGCGCCCUAUGCUCUGCGCCCCAUGCUCUGCGCUCUAUGCUCUGCGCCCCAUGCUCUGCGCCCUAUGCUCUGCGCUCCAUGCUCUGCGCCCUAUGCUCUGUUCCCCAUGCUCUGCGCCCUAUGCUCUACGCCCCAUGCUCUGCGCCCUAUGCUCUACGCCCAUGGCCCACCCUUUCUCCCCCUCAUCCCUGCUUCACCACAUUUCCCUCCCUGCUUCACCUCAUUUCCCUCACUGCUUCACCUCAUUUCCCUCCCUGCUUCACCUCAUUUCCCUCACUGCUUCACCUCAUUUCCCUCCCUGCUUCACCUCAUUUCCCUCCCUGCUUCACCUCAUUUCCCUCCCUGCUUCACCUCAUUUCCCUCACUGCUUCACCUCAUUUCCCUCCCUGCUUCACCUCAUUUCCCUCACUGCUUCACCUCAUUUCCCUCCCUGCUUCACCUCAUUUCCCUCCCUGCUUCACCUCAUUUCCCUCACAGCUUCACCUCAUUUCCCCCCCUGCUUCCCCUCGUUUCCCCCUCUUCUUCACCUCGCUUCAUCUUCCUAUCUCACACUUUCCCUCUCCCCCUCUUCCUAUCUCCCCUCUUCCCUAUCCUCCCUCUUUUUAUGUGAAGUGGCACCAAUGA